AAUUAUUGACACAGACAACCUCAAAUUUGACGUUUUGUUCCAAGGUAGGCGAUCGAGCAUCGCGAAAAAAUAUAGCAAUUCUUAUUGCGUAAAUUUGUUCAAAAUGACUUCGGUAGCACGAGCUGGGCACUUAGCUCCUUACUUCAAAGCCACCUGUAAUGUUAUCUCGAAUGGUAUUAAACCCGUUGUCGCUGUUCCCACUCCUACCGAUAAUUUGGUAGCUCAACCUCUGCCCAAGACUUCAACGGUGCAGUCACUUCAUGGAGCCCUGCCCAUUCAAAACUUGAAAGUUAAACAUGGAACUCGUGUGCCAACGCAAGUACGUUUUGCGCACUCCGAUAUUUCGUAUCCUGACUUCUCUGCUUACCGUCGCAAGGAAACCCUAGACCCUAAAGUAAAGGCUGAAGAUAACGUAGAUGGGCGACAAUCUUUCACUUAUCUGCUGGCUGGAGCGGGAAGCGUUGCUGGUGCAUAUGCUGCUAAGUCUGUUGUUACACACUUUGUAUCAUCGAUGGCCGCGGCGGCCGAUGUCUUGGCCUUGGCUAAGAUUGAAAUCAAGCUGCAUGAAAUCCCAGAAGGAAAAUCAGUUACCUUCAAGUGGCGUGGAAAGCCUCUGUUCAUCCGUCACAGGACAAGCAACGAGAUCUCGAUCGAGAAAGCUGUGCCAGUCGAAACUCUCCGCGAUCCUGAACAUGAUGACCAGCGCGUACAGAACCCAGAGUGGCUGGUAGUGAUUGGAGUAUGCACUCAUCUCGGUUGCGUGCCCAUCGCUAACGCGGGUGACUUUGGAGGCUACUACUGUCCUUGCCAUGGCUCUCACUAUGAUGCCUCCGGUCGUAUCCGUAAGGGCCCCGCCCCCCUUAACCUCGAGGUCCCCCCCCACAGCUUCGUCGACGACCUCCUAGUUGUAGGCUAAACGAACGAUGUUAUUUAUUAGAGAAUUUAUUUAAGUGUCUACCAACUUAAUUGAUCAAUAGAAAUCAAUAAAAUGUGAUACUUC